UUGAAACCGCUUUUCAGAUUGCCUGCUUCCAGUCGAUGCCCCAACAGCUUUCAGAAAACAAGCCGCUUCUUUGAAUGUAAAAGCACCCACUGAAUUAGCAAACAACAGGAAAAGAGUAAGUCAGGCAUCAUCAGAACAGAUGAAUGACAGAAUCUCAUAUGGCAUGUCUGUGUAUAGACACACGGACACAUACUAGGAAAGACAAAACUAUAAAAAAAAGUUUAGCGUUCCCAGCUACUUUGCAAAGAACAUGUUUCCUUAAAUCACUCGAUGAAAUUUGCUGUACUUGUUAGGUUGCUAUGGCAUCUGAGCUCAUCCAACAAUAUUUGACAGAUUUUUAUCUGUGGCUCACAAACCACACUGAGCAAAUUGAAAAUCCCCGGUUACACUGGGCUUUAUAUCAUUUCCUGUGAGACAAGUCUGAAGAACAAACUUACGCAUACAGCGUGUCUGUGUACAGACAGGCUGGCAUAGCUCAUGAAGUAGGAUGACACCUGUCUGACAUAAUGCCUGGAGAGUGACAAACAUUGCAUGGGACACUCCAGUGCUUUUAUAAAAAAGAGCGGACCAGAAAAACACUUUAAUGCUGAGAGAAGACUGGACAGCCUCUUCAGAGAGAAGACAGCUGAUCGGAUCAUCUCUUUGCUGUGCACUAGGCAAAUAACUGAGAUUGCGUGUUCUUCCUUAACGCCUGAAUUUUGCUGUUUCUAAUCUUUCCCCCACCAGGCUGAUGCCGGUUGGAUGAGGCUGAGAAGACAGGAGCACUGGGUUUAAAGGAACGUAAAUGCCCGCUAAGAUGGCACUGGCCAGUUCACUUUCUAGCAAGCCAGUGCCACCGCGCUCCAGAAGUGUUUCUACAGAAGGGGUGGAAGUUCACCAGAGCAAGCUGGAUUUUUUCUGCAAGCUGGGCUAUGGUAAGCAGGACAUCUGCAAAGUGCUGGAGAACCUGGGCCAAGAGGCCCUGGAGGAUGAUGUGCUGAAAGAGCUGAUUCGGAUGGGGAGCAAACCUCAAGCUCUGGAGAGCCAGGCUCAGCCUUCCCCGCUAAAGCUUGUUGCCCGCGGCUCAUGUAGCGCUUCAUCGGGGUCGAAGUGGCUUGGAGAAGAUGAAAGCGAUUCUUCCGAUCAUUUGAGACCCAUUGUGAUUGAUGGCAGCAAUGUUGCAAUGAGUCAUGGAAACAAAGAGGUAUUCUCUUGCUGGGGGAUCCAGCUGGCAGUGAACUGGUUUCGAGAAAGGGGGCACACGUACAUCAAGGUUUUUGUCCCGCUCUGGAGAAAGGAGCCCCCUCGACAAGACAGUCCAAUUGCAGAUCAGCACAUCCUUGAAGAGCUUGAAAAGCAAUCGAUCCUUGUGUACACCCCAUCCCGGAAGGUGAAAGGCAAGAGGGUAGUUUGCUACGAUGAUCGCUAUAUAGUGAAAGUUGCCUAUGAGAAAGAUGGAGUCAUUGUUUCCAAUGACCAUUACCGGGAUCUCCAGAAUGAAAACCCCGAAUGGAAAUGGUUUAUUGAGCAGCGACUACUCAUGUACUCUUUUGUCAGUAACAGGUUUAUGCCUCCUGAUGAUCCGUUAGGUCGGCACGGACCCACUCUUAAUAACUUCCUCAGCAAACAGCCAGUGCUUCCUGAACCAAAGUGGCAGCCUUGCCCCUAUGGUAAAAAAUGCACCUAUGGCAAUAAAUGCAAAUUUUACCACCCAGAGAGACCACAUCAAGCUCAGCUCUCGGUCGCUGAUGAGCUCAGGGCCAAAAUAAAUGUCCCGUUAAGCCUGGGGAAAGAGGAGGCGCAGCGUAACCGCUCACCGUACAAGACUGGAGGAGAGCCUGCACUGCCUGCCACCUGCAUGGAAAUGCUGCGAGAAGCCAGCAGCUGCGCAGGGGCUUCCUGCAACCCAGGGUGGUCCCGGGAGAGCUGUCGUGAGCUGCCAUCCAGCGCCUGGGCUGGUGGCCCUGGCGCUGACCGGGGGCUGGACCAGCGGUUGCUACAGCCAGAGCCCCUGCGAGACCGGACGCUCCUGGAGAUGUCAGCACUGUCCAUCAGUGAUGACACGUAUGGUUACAAUCAGUCCAUACAUACCUCUCAGGACAAAGAGGUGACGAUCAACCCUCAUGACUGCGGUGACCUCAGGCACAGCCCAUACUUGUUUCAUCAUCCCCACAGGUCAGACCACACCUGCCUACCAGGACGCCCUUUCCAGCAAACACUGCUCCCUCCUGCGCGCCAUGGGAUGCGCCCAGACCACAGCUGGCCUCAGGAACGCUGUGGCAUGCACGGCGUGGGUCAGAGGAGCUGCUACGUUCCUGACCGCGCUCAGCACCAACAGGUCCUGGAGACUCAGCAUGGUGUUUUGCCACAGCCCACAGCUUUUCCCCCUGACCCGCUUCAUUUGUACAGCGAGCAUCAGCUGCAGCAGCAGCACCGUUUCCCCAGCCGGCCCCCACGGCAGCCCUUUCUGUUAGACUCCAGCAAAGGGCUGGGCUUCUUCCAGAAAUCCCAUGCUUACCCCAGUGGUCCUUAUGGUGACUACUGGCUCACCCCAACUGCAGGGCCACCUUCUGCCCAGCAAGCAAACAUACAGAGGGAGCUGUGCUCCCUCUUCCCUUACAGCGAGGUGAACCACAUCAUGGCUUUGUACCCUGAUAUCAAGGAUAUUGCUAGCUUGACUUUACUGAUUCAAAGACACAGAAACUUGUGAAGCCUCCAGAGCAAACCUUUCCCAACAAGCACACAUCCUGGGGCACAAAGCUGAGGCUUAACUAAGUGUUAUUAAAGGGCUUUAUGGCAAGGAUUAUAGCUGUUCCAGGAGCACAAGCCUAAGUGGCAACCAGCUAUGUUGCCUGGGGCAUCAGGUCAAGGCAAAGGCUGCUGCUCACUGCAGAGGGAUCUCUCUCAUCUCCCAUGGAAGUGAGUGGGAGGGCUCAGGGUAACUGGGCUGUCAGUAUUUGAACCUCGCUGGUGACUGGUUUCAGGAUGGCAAAGGUCUUCAUUAAUGCCUUGAAACACUAGACAUGUUUUCAAAGUCUUAACUUACUGUUCAACUACUGUAAAAGCACCCCAUGUGCUCCCCAUGUGCCGGUAACGGGCUGUCCAUAGACAGCAGUCACAGGGGCAUGACUGCUUGCUCAGCUAGCACGUAAGAGUAAUUUGGCCCAUUUACCUGACCUGAGCUCUCUGCUAGAAGGCAUCUUCAGGGCCGUGUUAUUGCCUUCUGACUUUCAAAGAUACAUCUUGUGCUUAUAAACCAAUAUAUAUGCUAGAGAAGCACUAGAAGAAGUGGUGGAGAUACUCCAGAGCACCUGAAGAUAGCCACAGGUACAUUUCUCAGGGAUCAUGCACAAUAUAAGCCAAACCAGGGAAGUUGUCUGCAGUAUAAGUCCUGAUGUGGACUGAGGGUUCAGGGUCAUUUCUUUGUUUUUGAAUUAACACAGAUGAUACCAAGGGGGGGGGGGGGGGGGAAAGCUUGAAACUAUCUGUUGUAUCGAACAAGAAAACUAUUGUUAACUUAACCUUUAAUUACCAAAUGUGGUCCCAUAAUGCAAUUAUACAACUGAUCUAUGAUUACGAACAUCUAAACUCCGUUCUGUUGGGGCACAUUUGAUUUUCAGUAAGCUGUAAAGCUGCUAAUCUCUGCAUUAUUCCACUGAAUUCUUCAGUUUAUAAUUCAAAUAUUAAGGUUGAUCUUGAAAGUUUUUGGCAUUAUACCAAAGUUCAUGUAUGUCAAUGUGACAUGUUUUAAAAAUGCUUUAACACAUUAUAAAAUGGCCAUCUAGGAUACUCUAUGAUCUGAAUAAUGUUGUGGUUUUUUUUUUUUUCUUUUUUCCAUUCCUCUUAGCACUGAUGCUUCAUCAAGUCCAACAUUCAGGUGGGAUUUACAAACUGUCUGACUCUGCAGCAUCUCUGUUAGGUUCUUCUCUGAAGCGCAGUCAGUGAUGUUGGUCCCAGGCAGGAAUUAAACAUGGCCCUCACUGCCAACUCUGAAUUCUCUUGCUCUCAAAAAGAUGACUAGGGAGUAGUGAUGUACCUUUAGUGACAUUAUCACAUGAUGCAUUUUUGAAAGUAGUAAUAUUUUGACCUGUUUCCCUUAUGGAAACUGCCAACAGCUCUUUUUUUUUUUUGUGGUGGUGUUUAAAGAAUCUUCAGGAAAUAAGUACACUGUAUCAGUUCAAUCUCUUACGGCCAUGUGCUUGGCUCCAAGAGAUUCUAAUUUAGCGUCUGGAGGUAUGACUUAUCUUCACAGACGAUGGCAGUGUUUUCCAUAUGUCAUGAAGUUUUCACUAAUUCUAGUUUCUAUAUUAUGCCUAUAACUGGAUUCACCAGAAUGGCUUAUA